AAUUUGAAAUUCGACUCUGAAACCCUGAAGUCUGAUAAAGAGAAAUAAUAACGGCGCAGAUUGAAAUUGGGAUAAUUUUCUGAAUAAAGCAUUCCGUGUGAAUUUAAACAAACUUUAUGUAUCUUAGAAUACAAAAAAUAAUAAUAAAAAUCAUUAUUCGACAUUAAAAAGGCGAUAAUGAUAAUACAUCAAAAGUAAAUGCUUUUUGAGGUUAGGUGUCCGCCUUACCGACUAGAUGAGGACAAACUAGUUCUCUGUAAGCGAGAAUUGCGUGUUUUAUUUCAAAUUUAGGUUAGAAUAUAUUUGAUGUAAUCGAAUAUUAUCUUAAAAAAGUUUAUAUGCGUACAGUUUAUCGCAGAAACCAGAAUUAAAGCUGAAAAUGCAUAAAUUUAAUAGGCGAUUUUCAAUUUUCGAAGUCAUCUUUUUCGAACACGCAAUUGAUGUUCCAUUUUCCGACUUAUAUAUUUUUUCAACUGUUUUUUAAUCGUAUCGCGACGACUGAAAACUUUUCGAAUCGCGACCCGCGACGUUUGACGUUUCGAACCUAUCGAAAUAUUCGAGACGAAAUCAAUAUGGCAGCGCCGUGCGCGGCAGUGCGCGGAAGACCGAUGUUGACGGACAAAAGUCACACAUCGCGGUAACGACGCGACCGUUUGUCGUUUCGCGAUGACCGCGAAUUACUAUUUCGCGAUCGUCGGCCACGCCGACAACCCGCUGUUCGAGAUAGAAUUCAACAAUGCCGGGAAGGACGCGAAGAAGGAGGACCACUCGCAUUUGAAUCAAUUCAUCGCCCACGCGGCGCUCGACCUCGUCGACGAGCACACGUGGAAAACGACGAACAUGCAUUUGAAAGUCGUGGAUAAAUUUAAUCAGUGGUUCGUCAGCGCGUUCGUGACGGCGACCCACAUUCGAUUCGUCAUGGUGCACGACAGCAAGAACGAGGACGGGAUCAAAAACUUUUUCAACGAAAUGUACGAGACCUAUAUAAAGUAUUCGAUGAAUCCAUUUUACAAGCUCAACACUCCUAUCAAGUCUCUGGGGUUUGAGAAAAAGGCACAGUUGUACGGCAGAAAAUAUUUAUCUUCGUGAACGUAACGAUUGCUGUUAACAAAAGUAGGGAUGUUUAUAAUUUGCUUCUCUUUACUUUAUUCAACAUUUGUAUGCCACAAAAUGUGUACUGUUAACAAGCAUUAGAAAUAAAGGUGAUGAAUUUUUUUUCCAUUA